AUGGCUCGACAACCUUUUGUCCCAAUUUCCAACAAUUAUUACAUAUAUUUUUUCUUCCUUUGUCUUAUUUCCUCGGUAAACGCAGUUGAAAUAGAUGAAUUAGGGAAUAGUGUAUUCCAAUCCCCGAAUACUACAUAUUGGCCUUGGUCAUGUCAAAAAAAUGAGUAUUCUAGUUAUAAAAUAUACCCCACCUUUGUUUCUCAGACAACAGUAUUUGUAACCACGGUGUACCUUCUUUUUACCGUAGCCGUUUACGGCACAACUUCUAAGAUGAAUUACAGGCUUACCGCCAUUAUUGAUGAUUUUCUCAUUUUAUCGGCUUCCUUGGUACCUAUCUUCGCGUGGUUCUUUACUACCAAGAUAAUCGCACAUUACGUUGACUAUUAUCGUCGCAUAGGCAAAGAUUAUGAUUCAUCGAUAUUGUUUUUUGAAUAUAACACUUAUUGCACCCCUGAAUAUAUUAGCACUAUAUUUAACCUUAUGCUUACCACCGUAUUAACCCGGUCGAUCGUAUCAUUCUUUUCUGAAGAGGGAUUAAUUGGACCCUUAAAUAUCGAAAAACGUAGGAUUUCAGGAGAAAAGGUUUUUUUGGGGAUCGAAAAAGAAGAUGACAUACAAUGCUUAUUGGACAAGGAUUUUUACAUUAAUGUCGAAGACUUGAGAGUCGCCGAGCGAAUUAAGAAUGCUGGGAUAGAAUAUCGCGAGGCUUUAAAAGAGUAUAAGGAAUUUGGUUCUAACGAUAUUAAUGAUUUAGGAAAAUCUCUCACAUUGCAAGAAACUUUAAAAGAAAAAAAGAAUACCUAUAUCAAAACGAUGUUAGAGUGCACAAUUAAUAAUAAGGUUUAUAUUGAUGUUCUUGAAGUGGGGUUGAUUCACUAUAUCCUUUACUCUCACCGAUCAAACGAAGAAUAUAAAAAAGAUGGUGAAUCUGAUAUAUUUGAUAUUGAAUGGGAUGGGUUAACUUGUGACAAAAAAAUAAUUGAUCAAGGGUGUUCGUGGAUUAAAAUUCCCAUGAUUCCGAAAAGCUUCACAAAAGUGUAA